UCAUCAGUAAGAUUGAAACUGCAUGCAAAUAUAUAUGUGGCAAAACUAAAGUAAUAAACCACUUGGGACCAAAACAAAUAAAUAAGCAAGCUUUAAUUUACUAAAUUGAAGUAAUUAGCUGGGGGUGACUCACUUCGCUACUUUUUUCUAGGUACUUCCGACCUAUAAAUAUAUUAUCUAACUCUCCCAUUGUGCCAUGCAUCCUUUAACCUUCUUCUUUUUCAACUUAUAAACUCAGAAGAUAAAAUUAAAAAUAAAACAAAGAAAAACCUGAGAGAAACAGAAGAAACAUACAAGCAAAGAACAAAAUGAGGUCAUUGAGCAUUAAACCAACAUCGUUAGAUGCAGCGAGGCAUGCAACAUCUGUAGAAUCAUUCGGGAAUCACCAACUGCCACAAUCUUCGUGGCACUCGCCGGUGCCGUAUUUAUUCGGUGGCCUUGCGGCAAUGUUGGGCCUCAUCGCCUUUGCUUUACUAAUCCUGGCAUGCUCUUACUGGCGCUUGGCUACUUCAGGUGAAGAUUUCGGGGAAGGAAACGGCAGUGGAGUUGAUGAAGAGAAAGAGAGUCGGUCCGGAGAGAAGGCGACGUACGAAGAGAAGUAUAUUGUUAUAAUGGCCGGAGAUGACUUGCCUACGUAUCUUGCGACGCCUGCUUCGAACAAGUGUGUUUGUAGUCACGAGGGUGAAGUUGUAAUUCUCGAGGAAGGUGAUGCUGCAAAGAGAGAGGAAAGCAAACAAAAUGACGAAGCAACAAGUCGCUAAGCUUUUCCUUUAUCAAAAAAAAAAUCUCUCAGUUUUAGUAUUUUAAUUUUUUUGUUACUUAUUUUCUUUUAAGCUUUUCCUUUUGGGGAUUUUCUUCGGAGAGUUCCCUUUGUCCUUCUCGGGAAUGUAAAACUUUCUGAGAAAACGUUUUAGGUUACGAUUAAAGAAUGUUUGUUUGUAAUUUUCAAUCACCGGACCUGGAAAUAAUUUAUUUUCUUGAUCUUAAAA